CGUCACCAUGAACCCCGACCUGCGCAGGGAGCGGGCUGCCGCCAGCUUCAACCCGGAGCUGCUCACGAACAUCCUGGAUGGCAGCCCCGAAAACACCCGGCGCCGGCGGGAGAUCGAGAACUUGAUUCUGAACGACCCCGACUUCCAGCAUGAAGACCUGAACUUCCUCACCCGCAGCCAGCGCUACGAGGUGGCUGUCAGGAAGAGCGCCAACAUGGUGAAGAAGAUGAGGGAGUUUGACAUCGCAGACCCUGAUGAGAUCGUGUGGUUUAAAAAACUACAUAUGAUCAAUUUUGUGGAACCCGUGGGCCUCAAUUACUCCAUGUUUAUUCCCACCUUGCUGAAUCAGGGCACCACUGCUCAGCAAAAGAAAUGGCUGCCUUCAUCCAAAGGACUCCAGAUAAUUGGCACCUACGCCCAGACGGAAAUGGGCCACGCUUUGCGCACCGUGGGCGGCCUGAGCCUCUGGAUCUUCACUUGGGCAUGUUCCUGCCCACCUUGCUGCACCAGGCAACCGCAGAGCAGCAGGAACGCUUCUUCAUACCUGCCUGGAACUUGAAGAUCAUUGGCACUUAUGCCCAGACAGAGAUGGGUCAUGGGACUCAUCUUCGAGGCUUGGAAACCACAGCCACUUAUGACCCCAAAACACAGGAGUUCAUUCUCAACAGUCCUACUGUAACCUCCAUUAAGUGGUGGCCUGGUGGACUUGGAAAGACUUCGAAUCAUGCGAUAGUUCUUGCCCAGCUCAUCACUCAGGGGAAGUGCUACGGCUUACAUGCCUUCAUUGUACCUAUCCGUGAAAUCGGGACCCAUAAUCCUUUGCCAGGUAUUACUGUUGGAGACAUCGGCCCCAAAUUUGGUUAUGAUGAGAUGGAUAAUGGCUACCUGAAGAUGGACAACUAUCGCAUUCCCAGGGAGAACAUGCUGAUGAAGCACGCCCAGGUGAAGCCCGACGGCACGUACGUGAAGCCCCUGAGUAACAAGCUGACCUACGGGACCAUGGUGUUCGUCAGGUCCUUCCUUGUGGGUGAGGCUGCGCGGGCUCUGUCUAAGGCGUGCACCAUUGCCGUCCGGUACAGCGCUGUACGGCACCAGUCUGAGAUCAAGCCAGGUGAGCCAGAGCCACAGAUUUUGGAUUUUCAGACCCAGCAGUAUAAGCUCUUCCCACUCCUGGCCACCGCCUAUGCAUUCCAGUUUGUAGGCGCGUACAUGAAGGAGACUUACCACAGGAUCAAUGAAGGCAUCGGCCAAGGGGACCUGAGCGAGCUGCCUGAGCUUCAUGCCCUCACCGCCGGGCUGAAGGCUUUCACCUCCUGGACCACUAAUGCUGCUAUCGAAGCGUGCCGGAUGGCUUGUGGUGGGCACGGCUAUUCUCACUGCAGUGGCCUCCCCAACAUUUACGUCACUUUCACCCCCACCUGCACGUUUGAGGGGGAGAACACGGUCAUGAUGCUCCAGACGGCGAGGUUCCUCAUGAAGAGUUAUGAUCAGGUGCACUCAGGAAAGCUGGUGUGUGGCAUGGUGUCCUACCUGAACGAUCUGCCCAGUCAGCGCAUCCAGCCACAGCAGGUGGCCGUCUGGCCUACCGUGGUGGACAUCAACAACCCCGACAGCCUAACUGAAGCGUAUAAACUCCGUGCAGCCAGAUUAGUAGAAAUUGCUGCAAAAAACCUUCAGGCUGAAGUGAUUCACAGGAAAAGCAAGGAGGUGGCGUGGAACCUCACUUCCGUUGACCUCGUGCGAGCGAGUGAGGCACACUGCCACUAUGUGGUAGUUAAGCUCUUUUCAGAAAAGCUCCACAAAAUUCAAGAUGAAUCCAUCCAAGCUGUUUUAAGGAAUUUGUGCCUUUUGUAUUCUCUGUUUGGAAUCAGUCAGAAGGCUGGGGACUUUCUUCAGGGGAACAUCAUGACAGAGUCUCAGAUGACCCAAGUCGACCAGCGGAUAAAGGAGCUGCUGAUGGUGGUCCGUCCCGAUGCGGUGGCUCUGGUUGACGCCUUUGAUUUUCAAGAUGUGACACUUGGCUCUGUGCUUGGCCGCUACGACGGGAAUGUCUAUGAAAAUCUGUUUGAAUGGGCCAAGAAAUCCCCACUGAACAAAGCAGAGGUCCACGAAUCGUACUACAAGCACCUGAAGCCCCUGCAGGCCAAGCUCUGAGUCUCACUAG